AUGAACACAAAAGAAGUUAAAAUAAAGAUACAUGUGCAGAGAGUGAUAGAAAGAUGCAUGUCUGGCACAGGCACAAACGGAAUGCACCAGUGCAAUAGUCCAAAAGACUACACAGAUCUGAUAGACCAUAUAUUUAAAGAUACUAUCGAGAUAGUAAGCGGUGCAGACGGCGACAGAGAAAAAGAGCUGAUUUUGAACAUACUUAACAAUAGAGUACGAGAAUACUUUUCAUGGAUAUUUGGAAAAUAUGACAUAUAUAAUUUAUGCAAGGCACUGAAGGAUGAAAAACAAGAGAAAGCAAGAAAACAUUCCAUCAGCAUAAUCAAUGCACUUAUAGAGCCAAACACAUUUAUAUACAACCCUCAGGAUGGAAUACACAUACAGCCUAGAAGGGAUAAUAUAUCUCGAGACUAUGUGUUCACAGGAGAUAAACUACCUGCUCUACAUCCAAAAACAUGGACUCUGGAGAUGGAUUGCACUGACUCUUCAACCUUAGAAAGAAGGCUGCAGUUUACCGCAGAGAGCAUGGAGAGAGAUCUUUUCUACCAUUUUUCAUACUUACUCUUCUCAGAGCACUCAAAGUAUAUCCCAAGAAAUGAGUACAAAGACACAAAUAUUUUAAAAAAAUACUUACUGCAGAAAAAGAAGUAUUCUAUACACGACCUUUAUACCCUGCGCGCAGACGAUGGCACACUGCUGGUGGACUACGGGCUGAAGCUCAUAUACAACAAAUACUACGAGAUUAAAGAGCUAUGUGAGACCGUUGAAAAGAUGAAGGCUAACUCUAGUAUCAGAGAGAUGAUACUUAGAAAAAUUAGCAAAGUACUCGCUGAAGAAGAGCUAAGAAUAGUCACUUCCAUCAUUGACAACAUAUAUGAAAUAAAAAAUGAAAAGUACACACAGAAGGGCAUGAUUGAUGCAAUAGAGUACAUAGCAGAUAAAAAGGAUAUGCCAAAAGUACUGAGUAUAAACAGUGACCUAAGUAACUUUAGAGAAGACUAUUUAGAUGAAAAUGGAGUUUUGACAGAGAAAGUGAAUGAAAGAAAAGAUAGUAUAAAUAGAGAAAUAGAAGCAAUAGAAACAAAUCGAAAUAAUAAAAAAGAGACACUUGCACAGGCAUGGAGAGAGAGAAAGAGCAAAAAAGAGAUUGAAGAGCUACAGUAUUCGAUUAAUGAACUAAACUACAAAAUUUAUUUGUUAGAAUAUAAGACAAGAAAAGAAAAAGAGCACUUUCACAAUAUUGACUUCAAUAUGAAUUACUAUUACACCUUAGAGUCAGUCCAACUAAAGCAUAUUCUCAAAAAGAUAGGAGAAUUAGCGCUAAGGAAGAAAAUAGAGCUAAGAGUAACAGAAAUCUUCACCAUAAGAAUAACUAGCAGACAGUUGGCUUAUAUUUCUAUAGUGUUGACAGUAGUGCUUAUAACGCUGGGAAUACUAUUCUCAGGCUAUAUCCUAGACAAUGAAAUAAAAGUUGGCCGAAUAAUCAGCCGCUGA